AUGUCUGCUCUCUUCCAGCCGUUGCAAGUUGGCGCCCUAUCAUUGAAGCAUCGCAUCGUCCUUGCUCCACUAACGCGAUUUCGCGCUGAUGACAAUAAUGUUCCGCUGCCUAUGGUAAAAGAAUACUACCAACAAAGGGCCAGUACGCCGGGCAGUCUCUUAAUCACCGAGGGUACCUUUAUUUCCGCACAAGCUGGAGGCUUCGCCAACGUGCCUGGCAUCUGGAACGACGCUCAAAUCCAAGCUUGGCGUCAAAUAACUAAUGCAGUACACCAGAAUGAUAGCUUUAUCGUGUGCCAGUUGUGGGCUAUAGGUCGAGCCGCCGAGCCGGAGAUCCUACAACGAAGCAGUCACACUGUGCUCUCUGCAAGUGAUAUCUCCAUUGGUCCAGAGCACGCCACACCCCAGCCAAUGUCUGAGGCCGACAUUCAAUCGUUCAUUUCCGACUAUGCGAAUGCUGCAAGGAACGCCAUUGCCGCCGGUUUUGAUGGUGUUGAGAUCCACGGUGCAAAUGGAUAUCUGUGCGACCAGUUCCUGCAGGAUGUUUCCAACAAGAGGACCGAUCAGUGGGGCGGUAGUAUCGAGAACAGGGCGCGGUUUGGAAUUGAGGUCGCCAAAGCUGUCGCCGAGGCGAUCGGUGCGGAUCGUACUGGGUACCGCGUAAGUCCCUGGAGCCCGUUCCAAAGCAUGAGGAUGAAAGACCCAGUCCCUCAAUUCUCUUAUCUGGCCAGCAAACUACGAGAUCUCAAGCUGGCAUACAUCCACGUCGUGCAGUCUCGUAUAUCUGGCUCGGAAACCGUUGAAGUCCCAGACGAGUCAGUCGACUUUCUACUCGAUAUAUGGAAAGGUGCUGGUGGAGCAACAAUUUUGGCGGGUGGAUUUUCCCCUGAAUUAGCUGCUGCGACAGCUGAGAAAUACAGUGACGUGCCGGUCGCAGUUGCAUUUGGCCGCCACUAUGUUGCCAAUCCAGAUUUGCCCUUUAGGGUCCAGAAUGCGAUCUCUCUGUACCCAUACAAUCGUGCGACGUUCUAUACUCCGAAAGCCUCGGUGGGAUAUAUCGAUUAUUCUUUCAGCGAACAGUAUCAGGUGUCCCAGCUACAACUAGUUCCAGGAGUGAGAGUGUGA